AUGGACAACCAAGGACAGACCACGUCACAAAGCGCGGGAGGUGGGAGCAGCAUAGAAAGCUUCAAUCGCAUUGACACUCAUGCACACUUCCUACCAGACUUCUACCGCGACGCUCUCCUCGACGCGGGUAUCACAAAGCCAGAUGGCAUGCUUGCCAUCCCGCCCUGGAACGAAGAGGACCAUGUUGACUUCAUGGACGCCAGUCGAAUCAGCAAGUCCUACCUCAGUAUCAGCACCCCGGGAGUGUAUUUCGGGGACAUUGACAAGGCAAAGAAACCUGCCAGAAAAGUCAACGAGCACGCCGCGGAUGUAGCCAGCAAAAACAACAGAUCAGUCACGUCACUUGCCUCUUCUCUCGACUGCACAGAAGACGUCUACCCGGAAGUCUCUCCCAAUAAAACACGACCUGAUUGGGCAGUACUUUCUGCGCUUGUCAAAAUUUGGGAUCCGCCUGUCAUGCCGUGA